AUGGAAGGCAACAAAUUUGGAUUAAAAAUACAAAAGAAACCAGACGAGGACAAACAAACAUUAAAACCAGCAUCAGUUUUUGAUACAAAUUCUGAUGAUGAUAACGAUGAAAAGGAAACAAAUGAUGAAAAAUUUCAAAGAAAAUAUGCAGUACCGACAAAAUUAAAAGACAAAAAAAUAUUGGAAAAAGCAAUAGCCGAGGACCCAACAAUUUUUGAUUACGACAGCCAAUAUGAGGAAAUGCAGAAAGUCCGUGAUCAAAAAAUAAUUGAACAGAAAGAAGCGGACAAAGAGAAAAAGCCAAAAUAUGCCCACAAAUUAAUUGAAACACACAAACGAAGAGAACUUGAAAAACUUUUACACGAUGAACGGACUUAUAAAAAAGAACGUGAAAAGGAGGCUGGUGAAUUUGAUGAUAAGGAAGUUUUUAUAACAGGAGAAUAUAGAAAACAAAUUGAAGAAAGGGAAAGUUUUAGAAAAGAAUUGGAGGAAUUGGACAAAAUGGAUGAAAUUAGAGAUGUAAAAAAUCAGAAAUUGUGGCAACAAGCAUUUCAUAGAAAAAUACUUGAAGAUAGGGCAAGAGUAUAUCCAGAUACUUCACAAAAAGAGGAAAAUAAUAUAAAAGAGGAAGAAAAUGAAGAGAAAAUAUUAACUAAAAAUAAAAAAGAAAAUGAAGAAAUUAUUAAAGAAGAAAUUGAAGAGACGGGGAAAGAAGGGAAAAUUAAAGAGAAUUACCGAGAAGAAAAUGAAGAUAAAUAUGAAAGAGGAAGAAGAGAGCGAAGUAAUAGCCCUAAAAAAUUUAAAAGAAUAUCUGACGAUUCUAAAAGUGAGAAAAACGAGAGGUCAUUACCUUCCUUUAUUCCUUCAAUUGACGAUGAAAUUAACGAAGAAAUACGCCGAAUGGAAAAAAUAAGACAAAUUUUACGACGUCGUAAUGAUGAAAAUGCGGUGGCAGUAGCUAGAUUGAGAUAUUUUGAACGUAGAGAACAGGGGGAAAUUGUACCACCAUUUUAA